AUGUCCGCCACUACGACUGCUGCGCUCUCAAAAGUGAGGCGGAUGAUUCCGCCAAUGCUAGAAAGCUUCCAUAAAGGUCAGCUCGGCCGAGUUGCUGUCCUUGGUGGCAGCCAGGACUAUACAGGUGCGCCAUACUUCUCGGCCAUGGCCAGCGCAAGGCUUGGAUGUGACAUGUCGCAUGUGAUAUGCACGCCAGACGCUGGAGCUGUGAUCAAGACAUAUUCUCCCAACUUGAUGGUUCACCCUUUGAUGCGACAGAUGCCCCCCGAAAUAUCCGAAUUAGAUGCAUCUGAAUGGGCUGCCAGUGCGGAAAAGCUUGCAAGACCGAUCAUUGAUAUGCUUGCUCGCCUCCAUGUUCUCGUCAUCGGCCCCGGUCUCGGUCGCGAUCCGCUCAUGCACGAUAUUGUGGCACAUGUUAUUCGUGCGGCAAAAGAGAAGAAAUUUCCAAUCGUCCUUGAUGCCGAUGCCCUGCAGCUUGUUCAAAAAGAUGUGAACCUCAUUAAAGGCUACACGGAAGCAGUACUGACGCCUAAUGUGGUCGAGUUCGAUCGGCUAUGGAAGGCAGUAGGCAUCAAUGAAAGCGGAGGCGAGAGUGAGACGAAGCGAGUGGAGGCUCUAGCCAGGGCUCUUGGAGGCGUCACGAUUAUACAGAAGGGCAAAAACGACUAUAUAUCGAACGGAAGGGUCACGUCGACAGUUGAUCUGGAGGGUGGCAAGAAGAGGAGUGGUGGCCAAGGUGAUACGCUUACGGGGAGCGUUGCAACGUUUCUUGCAUGGAGAAGAGCAUAUAUUGACCAGCUUUGGAGGGAUCCAGAGACACCUCGACUGGGAGAGGAGGAAAUGAUUGGGCUGGCCGCAUUUGGAGGAAGUGCAAUCACAAGAGAAUGCUCUCGAAUUGCAUUUUUGAAACGUGGGAGGAGUCUCCAAGCGAGCGAUCUUACGGACGAGAUUCACAACGCCUUCAUGAGUCUUUUUGGCGAGGUCGAUGGAGAUGACGGCUCUUCCAAGCUUUAA